AUGAUAAUAUGAUUCCCCUCUCAAAUUAUGGAAUUCAGUGCAUGUCAAUGGGGUUCUUAGUAGAAGAGAAAGCUGCUGUUGUGUGGCGUGGACCCAUGGUGAUGUCUGCAGUACAGAGGCUGUUGCUGAGAACUGCCUGGGGACACCUCAGGUACCUCGUGUUGGACAUGCCUCCAGGGACUGGUGACACUCAACUCUCCAUUUCUCAGUUAGUGGCUGUUACAGGGGCUGUGAUUGUGUCAACACCUCAGGAUAUAGCACUCCUUGAUGCCCGUGAAGCAGAAAUGUUUCACAAGGUUCAGAUUCCUGUGCUGGGUCUUGUAGACAAAAGUGUAUUCUCGUGCCCAAAAUGUGGACACCAGGAACAUAUAUUUGGCAAGGAUGGAGUAAAAAUGAAGGAGUUAUGUGUGGAUGUGCUUGGGGAUGUGCCUCUAAAUCCAUUGAUUCGUCUUGGGGCAGAUAAAGGACAGCCUAUAACAGUUUCCCAUCCUGAUAGUCCUCAGGUAAAACUGCAAUACUGUUCUGUAUUGUUACUGUGAUACAUUGUAAUGUUAAACUUCCUUUAAGUUAUACGUUUUCUGGCUUCUGUCAACCUUUCUUGUCAAUUCUUUGUUGUAUGAAGUUCAUUUUUAUCACCAAGUAGCACAUUUACAGCUUGGUUCAUCAAGAGUGACCUGUGGUACAUUACAGUUGUUCCUCAGUACACUAAUAUCUCCCUUAGCCGGAAUCCCUCAAACCCGGAACUCUCCAAUAUCCUUAAU